AUGGCCGACCGGCGGCAGCGGGCCCGGGUGCAGGGCGGCUGGGCCGGCGUCCCGGCGGGGCGGCCCGCAGCACCUAAGGCACCUGUGGCCAGCAGCCUUGCCCUUGCAGGUGCCAGACCAGCAUGGAGACAGAAAGAUCAGCCUCAUGUUCAAAAGCAGUUUGUCUUUGAAAAGCCAUCAGAGGUGGAGCGCAGGGUUCCCGAGGCAGGUGUGAUAGACAAGCCUGGUGUAUAUGAGCUCAGCAAGGGACCAACUGGCAUUUCUAGGAUUCAUUUGAUUCCUGGCUUUAUUGACUCAGAGCAGGCAGACUGGAUGUUUGAGCAGCUCCUCCAAGACAUACCAUGGGGUCAGCGAACUCGCAUCAGACAGGAAGUAUCUUUUGAGGAACCACGGCUUACGUGUUGGUAUGGGGAACUUCCAUACACAUACUCCAAGAUAACAAUGCAGCCAAAUCCAAAUUGGCAUCCUCUGCUGACCAUGCUGAAGGAGCGCAUUGAAGAAUUCACUGGCUACACCUUCAACUCCCUUCUCUGCAACCUCUACCGAAAUGAGAAGGACAGUGUGGACUGGCACAGUGAUGACGAGCCGUCGCUGGGAAAAAAUCCUGUCAUUGCCUCACUCAGCUUUGGUGCUACUCGGACCUUUGAGAUGAGAAAAAAGCCUUCCCCUGAGGAGGAUGGAGACUAUACCUAUGUAGAAAGACUUAGAAUCCCACUUGAUCACGGGACUCUGUUGGUGAUGGAAGGAGCCACCCAGGAGGAUUGGCAGCAUCGAGUGCCUAAGGAGUACCAUUCCAGAGAUGAACGGAUAAACUUGACAUUUAGGAUCAUUUAUCCAGAACCUGAUGGAGUUUGGAAGUGAAGAACCACUUUGGACAUUGUUGGAUAUAGACCCACAGCAGAUCUAGAGCCUUAGAUUGCUGCAGAUUUAAAGGAAACCUUACAGGAACAGAGUUCCUUGAAGCCAUAGGGAGAAGAGUUGAUAUUUUGAAGAUCUUUGGCAAUCAGAAGCUACCUGUUAUGUGGACAGCAGUUAUAUGUUAUUAGAUUAUACUAAAUCUCAGGCUUUUGAACAGUGAUUAUUCUUAAAAGAGCAUAAAGCAUGUGACAGAUUUGAGAGGUCCCAACUGGAGCAUACAGAUUCAGUGAGCAGAUAGUUUGCACCUUGUCUUGUCUCUCCUUUACUCGCACAUCGUGGUAUCUGUUGGAAGUAGUGGCAAGAUGGGAUUCUUUGAUGUAAAGCCGCCUCUGUGUGUGUACAGAAAUGAGAAAGCUGCACUUGGUGAUGUCUCUGGGUAUUACUCAUUCCACCAAAGGGUGGUGCACUGCUGUAGGUUGCAGAGUCUUUUCCAAUUAAGCAAUCAGUUUCAUAACUUAAGUAACUACUUGAAUUAUACUGGUGUCUAGUGGAACAGAGGGUCAAGGCUCUCUUCUGCCCUGCACUCUGUGGUCAGACUUUAUCCUAACUGUUUAUCCAUGUAAACAGGACCAGGCAAAGGCAAGCAAGAUAGACCCUGCUUCUGGGUCAGUGCAUAUUGCAUUAAAGAAUAUUACUCAGAGGGUUGUCUCUUGAGCCUCUGCUGUCACAGAUCAGCAGUCAGCACCUCAGACCAGCUUCCAGGGUGGCUUGCUGGAAUUCCUCACGUUUGCCUGCUGGAACUCACCUGCUGCUGGGAAGCAGUGGGCUGAUAACUGCAGUCUGGGUGUUAAGUCAGGAAUGCUGCCUAUGUGUUUAAGUUCUUUUUACUGCAGCUAAAUACCAUCACUGUACAGUAUCAAAUGAUAGAUUUGGUCCAUCUUCACUGUCUGCCUGCAGUAGGAUCUAAACACAAGUAAAUACCCUAUGCCUUGUAACACAUCAGCUUUGUUAAGCAAGCUAAUGUCCCUCUUCACUGUAAGAAUAAAUUGGUGUUGAGAAAAUA